UUCAGACCCGGAAGCUGACUGAAAACACAGUGGAUUGGAACUUGGAAGGACACAAGUCGAACUAGGGCGGCCGUGGGCAGGUUUGGACCAACUUUGAGCUGUGUUUCGUCUUCAGAAGAGCUUGUAGACUCGUUUCGUGUGUUCCAAAAAUCUAAAAGUGAGCAUCUUUAAUUAGGACCAGUGAAUAAUGGCUGAUGACAGUGACAGUUCUGCGGUACUGCGGCACAGGGUUCAGUCUCGCCUUGCCGAGUCCUUCAUGCAGCAACUUCAGGACGAUUCUCAAGACAGACCGCAACAGGCGAAGGAAGAGAAGUUGUCCCGAAUCAAUGCCCACACCAUCUUCUGGCUGGUGGCGUCCAUGGCCAUGUUUUACUACACAGACAUUGCCGUGGCUCUGAGAGUGGACCCCAGGAUCAACUGGCUGUGGUUGUUACCUGGUGCCGUGCUGAUUGGACUCAAUGUUGGGAUAGGUGCAUUCCUGAUUGUGUGGCUGUCCUGGAUCAAAGGUGUCAGCACAGAUGAGUGGGAGAAACGGUACCCAAGCGCCAUUCCUACUGCAACAGCUAGCUUCAUCAUUGGUGGGCUGUGCUGCAUGGUGGGCCUGUGGCCAGUGUGGGGAUUCCUAACUCCCAUCAUCCUCUUCACUUUGUUUAUGGGUGUUGUCAUGGUGAUCUCACUAUUCCCAUGACCCUGGAGGAUUCUAUGGACUUGACCAUACUACUGAACUGUAGUGUCUUCCCUAGGGAAUUCACAAAACAACUUGGAGCUGUUUGACUACUGAUCCUUUCAUAUUAGGAAUAGGCAACGUCUUCUCAAUAUUUGUACAUUGUUCAAAAGGAAUGGAAAGGUUGUUCAUUUCAUUGAGUAGUUGAUAAACUGUAUAUUGCGUACCAUUUGAUUUACCUGAUGUUAUGCGUAAAAUGUUUUGUAAAAAUUUAUUUUUAAGAAUUCUAGCUCUAAACUUGUAUUCUUACAUUAUACUGCACUAUUCAUGUAUGUAUAUGGAAAUAAAACAAACUGAUACUUUUGUCA